AUGGAUUAUUGCUGUUGUGCACGUGUACAUAUCAGUGUUUUCUUUCCUCCAUUCGUGAUGCGUACACUUUUUCGGCCUGUUCUCCUUACGCUUGCCACCACAACGGGGCAACGCGGACUGUGGAAGUGGAAAACAAGGAGGAGAAACAAACCGUGCCAAGGUUCGUGCAUCAUCAGACUUUUUCGCUUAAUGUAUGUAUGUGUUCAUAUAUAUAUUGUAUAUAUUUAUAUAUAUCUAUGUAUGUGUCUACACAUGCACUUGUCUUCCCCUUGACGUGUAAUAGCUAAAUACAUUGUGAAAGGAAUAUUAUUAUUCCAUCGGGUAAAAAUACCAAAUGCUUUUUUCAUAAUGUUUAA